GUUCAGUCGCCGGCCAUGCUGCAGCUGCGGGACUCGGUGGACGGCGUCGGGCCGGGCGGCGGCGGCGGCUCCGGCCAUGACGACGCGGCGCUCCUGGUGCCGGCGGCAGAGGCCGACGUGCCGUUCACGCCGCCGGGCGAGCUGUCCCCGUCGUCGUCGGCGUCCGCGCUGCCGGCGCCCAGGCAGACCCUGCGGCCCCUCACCGUGCGCAACCCCACCCGCGGAGGGCGCCUCAAGGAGUACUUCGUCUUCCGGCCAGGAACCAUAGAACAGGCUGUGAAUGAGAUACGUGUGGUUGUGAUGCCCACUGAAGAUGGAGAAGUGCAAAGCGUAUGGCUGCUGACUGAAAUUGACCAUUGGAACAAUGAGAAGGAGCGCUUGGUUCUUAUUACUGAUUGGUGUCUAUUGAUCUGUAAAUAUGACUUCAUCAGCCUCCAGUGCCAGCAAGUAAUCAGAAUAUCGCUUAAUGCUGUUGACACAAUUUCAAUUGGAGAAUUUGAGUUUCCUCCUAAAUCACUGAACAAGCGUGAAGGCAUAGGAAUUAGAAUUCAGUGGGAUAAACAAAGUCGUGCCUCCUUCAUUAACAGAUGGAAUCCAUGGUCCACAAAUGUACCAUAUGCCACCUUCACAGAACAUCCAAUGGCUGAUGCAGAUGAGAAGAUUGCAUCUCUUUGCCAAUUAGAUAACUUCAAAACUCAACUGAUCCAAGCUGUGAAGAAGGCCCAUAAGGACUGCCCUCUGCCUGGGAGGGCUAAUGGAGUUCUACUUCUGGAGCGCCCUCUUCUCAUUGAGACCUAUGUGGGAUUGAUGUCUUUCAUCAACAAUGAGGCCAAGCUGGGCUAUUCAAUGACAAGAGGCAAAAUUGGAUUUUAAAGAUUGCUAUUUAAAGGUAGCCUACUUCCACAAAUCAAAAAGUACAGGAGAAGCAAAUCCCUGGAAGAAAGAGGGAGAAAAAAGCAAGAGAGUUUUCACUUCAUCUAAUGGAAGUCUUGCUUAUCAUAAAAUUCAUUUCUGAGUCAACACAUGAGGUGGCCUUACAGUGAUUGUUGUCCAGAGUUAUUCCUCACCUGCUCUCUCAUCAGCCAGUGAGCAAUAUUACCAUCCUAUCGUAUUCCAGUUAAAAUCCUCUCUCUCCCACAGUGUCUCUCAAGAAAGACACCAGUAUGUUUCAAAACAUGUUCAUGUUUUUUCCUUAUAAACCAUAUUGCUAUUGCAAGCAUCAUGUAUGCUUGAGAUUCUGUUAUGUAGUGACAUGCAAUGUGUAAAGCAUAACCUGCCAAUUUGGUAGGUUGUGAGAUAUUUAGCCAAUGUGACUAUCUUCAUUGAAUCAGUUACUUUCUGCUAAUCUUUGGAAACUACGUUUUAGUUUAAAUGCAGUUGAGUGAUUAUACUGUUCAGGUGCAGAUGCACCUAAUUAUGGUUUCUUGUUGCAGCACAACAUCAAAAAAAUCCUCACUGUGAACAUACAUGCAACAGUGUCUGCUUUCAUAUGAAUUUUUGCCACAUGGGCUCAAGUUUUUGUAUCUAUAGAAAAAGGGAGUUUUUGAUUAGCUUUAUACUUUUUUAAACCUAAACCAGAUUAAUAGCACCAAAACAUGUAUAAACAGAUGGCCACAAGAUACUACAGACAGUUAUCCCUUAACUGAAAUUGUACAAGCCUCUCUCUAUUAAAGUGCAGUGUAUUAAAAAGUGAUAUUAUGCUCUAUUGCAUGAAUGCCCUAUGGCUGGGAUCCAAAGGUUCCAUGUGAGUUUUGUGCAUGAGGCUAUUUCAGUAGUUCUUUAUAUCCAUCUUCCAAAAAGGCACCUCUAAAAGUCAAGGCCCUUUCAGAUGGCAUUCCAUCAGCAAAGGGGCUGUCGCCAGAAGGAGGAAGAAUAGCAACUAGCAUGCAUGAGCUUCUUUGGAUCCUAGUGAUUGUCUUAUCUUUACUAAUUCACCCUUUCUAGAAACGCUUUAUGAGCUGUCACUUAAUAAAGUUUUGUCCCUGUACUCAUGAAAUACUGGUAAUCAAAUAUUUUAUAGUGUUUAUUUGCUGAACAGUGUGUGUUCACUGGCUGACAUUUUGUGUCAAAAUGAUAUGGUGCUAGAAUGCAACUGAGCGCAUGUCCUUUUUGGUUUUAAGGUAUGUAUAUUUAAGCUUAAUAAACUUGAAGUAAAUGUGAA